AGUGGUGCAACAGUGGUGACUGGACUUGGCAGUGAACCAGAGCCCAGCCUCCUGACCCCUGCUGACCCAAGUGCCCUGGGGCUUGUCCCUAGCUGGCCACACCUCUUGAGUGCCCAGAGUGCCAGCCCCCUAACCGGGGUUGCAUUUUAGGGAUGCCAGAGGCCACGACGUCUCUGUCAGAGCUGACACCACCUCACCUGACCUCCCUCUGGAAGGGACAGGAUUGCCCCCUCUCAGACAAGCCAGUCUGGGCCCUGAAAACUCCAUGGGGGUGAGGAAUUUCCCUGUUGAGGGGGGUUCCCCAGGCCUGGCUGACCUGAUCCUGACCCUGUGUGCGUGUGGGUGGAGGGGUAGGAGGGGCAGGGAGUUUGAACUCUGAACCCAAGACAGGCAGGGGCCUGGGUCCUAAGACCCUCCACUCAGCUUCCGGCCCCCCUGAGGGCUAAAGUUUUCCCUGGGCCUGUGGGAGAUGGGCGGGGCCUCUCCAGCCGGGCUCCGGUUUCCGUGGAAACCCACAGGCUUCCCACCCACUGCUGCCUGGGCAGGCUCCCAGCUGGGGCCUCAUCCGCCGUCAGCCUCUCCUCCCCAGUCCAGUCUGCUCCACCCUCAGCCUCUCUCGGCCCCCUCCCUGAGUCCCCACCCCUAGCCCAGCCUCUGGCCUCUGAUGCCUUCUUAAGGAACCUGGGCCUCUCCUGCCCCAUCCAUAAACUUUAACUUCCCAGCAAACAGGCUUCCCAAGCUCCUGCCCCUCCCUCUCAGGCCUUUCUAGUCUCCACACCAGCUGCUAGGCCUGGCCAGGCCUCCUGCUCCUUCCCACCUACCGCCUCCCACAGACCAAGAGACACCAGGCCUCCUAUUCUACCUGCUUCUUCCCCUGCCCCGCCCCCAUGGAGCCCCCGGGACUGGUUGUGCACGGGGAGGCUGCACCCUUUUCCACGGCACUCCGGAGCCUUCUCAACAAUCCCCAAUACAGUGACGUUUGCUUUGUGGUCGGUCAAGAACGGCAGGAGGUGUUUGCCCACCGGUGCUUGUUGGCCUGUAGAUGCAACUUCUUCCAACGACUUCUGGGCCCAAAGCUGGGCCCCGGGAUGCCUAGCCCCGUGGUGCUGAGCGCGGUGCCAGUGGAGGCCUUCCUGGCAGUGCUGGAGUUCCUGUACACCAACAGUGUCAGGCUGCGCCGCCGCUCUGUGCUGGAGGUGCUGACGGCGGCUGUGGAGUAUGGGCUGGAGGAACUGCGAGAGCUGUGCCUGGAGUUUGUGGUGAAGGUGCUGGAUGUGGAGCUGGUUUGUGAGGCCUUGCAGGUUGCCGUGACCUUUGGCUUGGGGCCGCUGCAGGAGCGUUGUAUAGCCUUCAUAGAGGCCCACAGCCAGGAGGCGCUCCGGACCCGCGGCUUCUUGGAGCUGUCGGCGCCCGCGUUGCUGCCCCUGCUGCGCAGCGACAAGCUCUGUGUGGACGAGGCUGAGCUCGUCCUGGCUGCCCGGAUGUGGGCGCGCGUGGGCGCGGCCGUGCUGGAGCGGCCUGUGGCCGAGGUGGCGGCCCCGGUGGUGCGGGAGCUGAGACUGGCCUUACUGGCCCCGGCGGAGCUGAGCGCCCUGGAAGAGCAGAACCAGCAGGAGCCGCUCAUCCCGGUGGAGCAGAUCGUAGAGGCGUGGAAGUGCCACGCUCUGCGGAGAGGGGAUGCAGCCCGGGGCGCCCCAUGCCGCCGCCGGAGGGGAACCCUGCCCCGGGAGCAUCACUGCUUUCUGGACCUGCCCUUUAAGUGACCAAAGGCCGCGAUUUGCGAGGAAUUCUGGCCUGUCCCAAACUACAGCUCCCAACAUGCCUGGCGCUCAGAGGGGGCUUUCGCCCCCAGCAUGCCCUGCGAGCCUGGAGCUGGAAGAACCCCGGUCCGCUCUGCGCCCCGCCCUGUGGGUGUGGUUGGGAGGGAGGGGAAGGAGGGGGAGUGGGCGUGGCUUUGCGGGGCGGAGCGGGGCGGGGCCCCAAAGCGAUUUCCUUUGCACCCUCAUCCUGACUAACUCCUGGGCCUCUGGCCACGCGGGCCUGUCGCGUUUACUUUUAUAACCCCCCCUCCCCCAUGUUUUCAGCUCAGCUCCCUCUUUAUUCCAGACCUACGUCUUGGAGAUCUCUCUCCAAAUGCUGGACACUUCAGACUCAGUUCAAAAUUGAGCUGCCUUCUCAUCUUUCCCAAGUUUUGCCCCUAUCGUGUUUCUCAUCUACGUGGGUGUCUUUUUUUUUUUAAUUUUUAAAUUUAUUUAUUUGACAGAGACACAGGGAGAGAGGGAACACAG